GCGAGGUGCGGUCGGGUGCGGUGCGGGUGCGAGUACUGCGCACUCUCGUCGCGCGGACCGGCAAGGCCUGUGUUUGUCGGAGCCAUUUUGCCCGGAAGACGCCGCCGUCGUGCUCUCUGACGCCGCGACAUCGCGACAUCGCGACAUCGGGUUGGAGUCCAGGUCCGGCCCGUGCUGGACGCGCUGGACGCUGGACCGCCGCGCCGGCCGCUCACCGCGCGAUAAGGAGCCGGUGACUCAGAGCCUGGCAGGCCCUUGGCCAGGCCUCAGCCCCAGCCCGGCCCGGGGCAGUGCAGUGUGGUGCAGUGCGCAGCACCAACGCGACCCGAACGCCCGCCCCGCCGAGGACGAGGACGUCUCCGAGCACACCGCCCCGUGCGUGUUCGCCACCUGAGCCACCUGCGUGCGUCGCGCGGCCUUCGAUAACACACUCCCUUAUCGCCGCGCCGAUUUCCUGGCCGCCGAGGCAGUGGCGAACAUUAUGGGCGUCGGGGAGUGCGACGCCGUCCCCGCAUGAUGGCGUCGUCCCCCUUCCAGCCGCCGGCCGUGGCAUGGCCGAGUGCGGCGCCAGCACCGGCCGCGGCGCCGAGGCCGAGGCGCUCCAUCAUCGACCUCACCCUGCCCACGGUCGAGGGCGACUUCAGCCCGCCACCGCCGCCCAGCAAGGGCGCCUACCUCGCCCUGCUCGUCUCCCUAGUGUUCGAGGCCACCGUGCCCAGCCUGCAGUGCUACUGGGGGCUGCUGCUCGUGUUCUGGGCCAGCGACGCAGGCUUCGUUCAUCAACUUCCGCCCGUCCUGUCCAACUCCACCUUCCCCGUCGCCCUCCCCAACUCCACCCUUCCCAGCGCCCUAGCCAACGCGACGCUCUCCGGCGCGCUGUCCAAUACCACACUUUCUAGCACUCUCUCCAACACCACCCUUUCCAGUGCCCUGUCCAACACCACACUUUCCAGCACUCUCUCCAACACCACCAGUGCCCUGUCCAACACCACACUUUCCAGCACUCUCUCCAACACCACCAGUGCCCUGUCCAACACCACACUUUCUAGCACUCUCUUCAACACCGCGCUUUCCAUCGUCUUCUCCAACGCCACGCCCUCCAGCACGACCUCCAACGAGCUGCCCAGCACCACGCUGCCGACUAGCUCCUUCACGCUGCUGGACUUGGGCGGCAACGGACUGCUGUGGACGCCCGUGCUCUUCUCCGCGUCAUGGAGCGUCGCGGAUCCCUGGAGCGAGACGCUGGGCGCCGUGCACGGCCACCCCCGGCUGUGCUCGCUGGUGGGGUCGGUGCUGCUGGCGGGGGGGCUGCUGCUGACGGCCGUGGGGGGGCUCCUCGCGCCGCGGUCCGCGCUGCUGCCCAUCCUGGCCGGCAUCAGCGCGGGCAUGACGUCGGGUGUGGGCGCCAGCCUCCUGUCCCGCUCCGCCCGCCUGGUGCUGGGCCAGCUCUGGGGCGAGCGCGCGGCGCUGACGCUGGGCGCAAGGCGCCUCGUCCGCGCGCUGGGGCUGACCAUGGUCCCCUUGGUGGCGCUGCCCCUGUGCCAACACUUCGGCGCGAGCGUGGCGCUCCUCGUCGCCGCCGUGGCGUCCACGGCCGCCCUGCUCGCGCCCUUCGUCCUGGGCAUGUCCUCCGCGCCGCCGCCCGCGCCGAGCCGGCCGAGCCACGAGCAGGAGCCCGACAAGUACGAGCGGCUCAAGGAGUGGCGGUUGGCCCCCGCGCGCCAGGACUCUGAAGGGGACGGGGACGCGCGCACCGAAAUGUCGGACGACGGCGGCAGCGAGCACGCCGAGGCCGACGGCGCGCCGCGCAGCGCACCGCCCUCCAACCCGGGGCCACACGCCGUGGCGGAGGUACCGCCAGGUACCACCACUGUGGUGGCGGAGGUCCAUUGCGACGGAGCCGGCGAGAGGCAGCAUCCGGACCGAGGCCCCAACGGCGUCCCCAACGGCCUCGCCCUAAAGUCGGAGGCCACGGCGCGGCUCGGCAAGGCCACCAACGGCACGACUUCCAACGGCACGGCCUCCAACGGCACGGCCUCCGACGCGGCCAGAGCGGGCAGCGUCCCGCGCCCCAUCUACGGGGAAGACGGCCAGGCGUGGAACAUCGCGUACUCGUUCGACUGCGAUGGCGACGACGACAUCGAGCUGUUCGUCAGACGGCAGUCGCCCCGCAAAGGGUCCGUGGCGCGCCUCUGCUCCAUGCUGCGCCCACACUCGCGGGGCUGCCGCGCCGACCUGCGGCCCGUGCUCAAGCCCUCGUUCCACCUGUCGCUGGUGACGCUGGCGUGCUGCAGGUUGGCCGGCAUCGCCCUGCCCGUCCUGCUGCCCUCCCUCGCCAUCGCCCAGCUCGGCGCCAGGGCCAAGACGCACGUGGUCGCGGCGCUCCCCGCCGUCGCCGGCGUGGGCCACAUGCUGUUCGGCCUGGCGGUGCUAUGGGAGUGGCAGUGGGACUCUGGCGCUGCAGCGAGCGCCGACGGACCGUCCCGAAGGAGGCUGCUUGGCGUCGUGUCCGCGGUGGCUGCAGCUGGCUUCAUGCUGCUGAGUUGGGGUAGGUCGCAGUGGUGGCUCAUGCUGGGGUGCCUGGCCGCGGGCUACGGGUCCGCGGGUGCGACGUGGGCACAGCGCUACGCUACGAGGGCCGCAAUGGGGGGCGCCACCUGCUACCGCGCGCAGCCCCUGCUCUGCGUGCUGGCCGGGCUCGUGACCGCCAUCGCCCCCGCGCUCGUCAAUGUGGACAUCAGGAGUUGCAUGGCGAUUCUGGCGGGAAUGUACACGGCACUGUCAGCAGCGUGGCUCCUACAGCCCUUUGUGGCUCGUUUCUGUUGAACUCCAGUGCUGGCAACACUGAAAGGUAUCUCAAUUGUAAAUAAAAAUACGAUUUCUCAAUAAAAAAUAUUUUAUUAAAUAACAUUUA